CAAGAGAGAUGUCCGGAGGAGAGAAGAAAACAGCCCGUCAAGUUGAGUGAGUGCGUGAAAAAGGGCAGAAAAGAGUGUCGAGGAGGUCGCCAAGUGUGCCCAGGCCGCAAUUGAUGGUGUUUUAGGUGUCCAAGUGGGUGGUUGGAGUGUGCUACAAGUGCGGAGAACGGCUGGCGAGUGCGUGGACUUUUGCUGUUGUUUUCCGUGUCCGGAGAGAAAAAGUGUCGUCGUCGCAAAAUGGCGCAUCAAAUGGCUCCGUCUGUGAACUGUUCGCUCGACGAUAUCGACUUGAAUGCCCUCAAGGAUCCAGCUGGAAUAUUUGAGUUGAUUGAAGUCGUAGGAAAUGGAACAUACGGCCAAGUUUAUAAGGGUCGCCACACAAAGACUGGCCAAUUGGCCGCAAUUAAAGUGAUGGAUGUGACUGAGGAAGAGGAGCAGGAGAUAAAAUUAGAGAUAAAUGUACUGAAGAAGUACUCAAAUCAUCGCAAUAUCGCCACAUACUAUGGGGCCUUCAUCAAGAAAUCGCCGGCCGGCAAGGAUGAUCAGCUGUGGCUGGUGAUGGAGUACUGCGGCGCGGGAUCUGUCACGGAUCUGGUGAAGUCGACAAAAGGUCAGAGUCUCAAGGAGGAGUGGAUAGCGUACAUUUGCCGUGAGAUUUUGCGUGGUUUGAGCUAUUUGCACACAAACAAGGUGAUACACAGAGACAUCAAGGGACAGAAUGUCCUGCUCACGGACAAUGCUGAGGUGAAGCUGGUGGACUUUGGUGUGUCUGCCCAGUUGGAUCGCACGAUAGGACGUCGAAAUACGUUUAUUGGCACGCCGUAUUGGAUGGCGCCCGAGGUGAUUGCUUGCGAUGAGAAUCCGGAUGCAACGUAUGACAAUCGGAGUGAUUUGUGGUCACUGGGCAUAACAGCGCUGGAGAUGGCAGAGUCACAGCCGCCACUGUGUGAUUUGCAUCCCAUGCGAGCACUCUUUCUCAUUCCAAGAAACUCACCGCCACGUUUAAAGUCGAGGAAGUGGUCGAAGAAAUUUCAGGGAUUCAUCGAUACAGUUCUUGUGAAAGACUAUCAUCAGCGGCCUUACACAGAGCAACUACUGAAGCAUCCCUUCAUCAAGGAGCAACCGACUGAGCGACAGGUGCGGAUUCAGCUCAAGGAUCACAUUGAUCGGUGCAAGAAGCGCAAGCAGGAGAGUCGCGAGGAUUAUCGGUACUCGGGAUCGGACAAUGACGACGAGGAGCCACAGACGGCCGGAGAGCCGUCGUCUAUCAUCCAAGCGCCGGGCGGCGACACGCUGCGGAGGAACUUCCAGCAGAUCCAGGAGGGCAGGACAAUGGCGCAGAGCGUGGAUCAGCCACAGCCGCAGCCCAUCAGGAAUCAGAAGCCACAGCGCGAGCAUCGUGCCGAGAAGCAGGCCAUCGAGGAGCCUGGACCGCCAUCGCGUCCGGCUCUGCCGCAGAGGUUGAUUGUGGCGCCGGAAGGAUCGCAGCACGCCAACAGACCGCUUCCGCCCACGCCCAGGAGUUCUGGCUCGUCGCAGGCGCAGCAGCAGACGCCGCAGCAAGCUCAGCGGAAUUCCCAGAACAUGUUCAAGCCAAUGCUUCCACCACGAAGACCAGAGUCUCAGCAGCAGCAGGCGCAGCCUGAGGCGCCGCCAAGGAACAGUCGUCAGUCGAAUUCGUCAUCAUCUGUGCCAUCGAAGCCAGCACCGGCGCCGCCAAACAAUCACCAUGCGCAGUCCAUCGUCAAUCCACUGGAUCCGAUCGAGAGUUCAGACACGGACAGUGAGCCCGAAGAGGCAAACGGCGGCACCAGGAACGACGGGACGCUCCUCGCCAGCGAUCCGCCGAAGCCACUUCCUGAAUUUUCGUACAGGCCCGGACUCUCGGUUCUGUCUGAGGAUUCGGCAGCUCCAGUGCCAAGCCACGGAUCGGGCGGUCCGCCCAACAGGCCGCUGCCGCCCACUCCGGAUGACGAUGACCAGAAUCAGGGCGAUCGCACGCUGAUCAUGAAGAGGAAACAGAAGGGCGCCGAUGGCCAGGAGAGCGAGGAGAGAGUGUUGUUGCGCGAGUGGGACAUUGAGAGGUUCUUCCCGGCUUCGCGGACGCUGGAGCAGCAGCGCAACAAGAGCGGCGGCGGGCGCGAUCGGAUAUCGCUGCAGCCGCAGGACGUGAAGAAAGCUCUGGCGGAGGGCGAGCCGAAGAGGGCGCCGGACAUGAGGCUGGAGGAGCGCGUGAAGAGUGAGAUCUUCGCCAACAACACGCGCGCGAAGCAAGAGGCGCUGGCGAAGCUGAGCAAGGGCGCCGCGGCGCACAAGCGCCAGGACAGCGACUCGAAGCUGUCGCUGAACUUUGUGCGCGGCUUCAGGCGCGAGAACACGGACUUCUUCCCGCUGGCCAAGCGACACUCGGCCAUUCUGGGUGAGCGCAAUGGCGAUCAGGUGGCGCCGCAGCGCUCGAGUGGAAUCUUUCAGAGGCGCCCCAAAGUGGGCGCCGAGCCUAUUCUCACCGACUAUCGCGACUCAUCGCCGGCCAAAGAUGCUGCCAAACAGACUGCCAAAACGUCCUCACCGGCAAGACACUUAGACUUUCUCCGUCCGCGACGUGAGAAAACCGAAUCUGUUAUUGUUAUCCGCAAUUCGGCCACGCGGCAACUUUUAUUUGGCCAGCAGCAGAACCGCGGAGGUGAGAGUAGUGGUCUAGGAACACCUGGCACUCGCACGAGCAGCGUCUUGCCGGAUCUGCUGAGCCAAGCGUCGCCAGCAACGCCGCCGCGCCACGAUAAAUCAUCGAGUGAAGAGUAUCGCGCGGCCGUGAGCUCAAUUCAUUCCACACCCUCUAAGUCCUUUAUCGCCACGAAUUCCUCUCCGCAAUCCACUGUGUCCAAUUCCUCCGCCCACGUGCAUGGCCAGGGGCUGCAGCACAGCCCCAGCCAGUCGAUGGUGCGGAACCACCAUCAGGGCGGCGUGAGCAAUAGUAAUUCGUCAAAUAAUCUCUCACCACCCUCUCUGCCGCCGCAUGCCAUUGCGUUGGAACAGAAGCAGCGCAGCUUCCUCACGUUCGGCUUCGGCGCCGGCGGAUCUGGACCGUCACGGCGCGAGAGUCACGUGAAUGUGAAUGUGACGCCGACAUCGCACGAUGCCGCCAGCGACACGCCCGAGAUCAGGAAGUACAAGAAGCGCUUCAACUCGGAGAUUCUCUGUGCCGCUCUCUGGGGUGUGAAUCUGCUCAUCGGCUCGGAGAAUGGAUUGAUGUUGCUGGACAGAUCUGGACAGGGGAAGGUUUAUCAACUCAUCUCGCGACGUCGCUUCCAGCAAAUGGAAGUGCUGGAAGGACAGAACAUUCUUGUGACCAUUUCGGGAAAGAAGAACCGCGUUCGAGUCUACUAUCUGUCAUGGCUCAAAUCCAAGAUUCUCCGCACUGACGGUCUUUCAGAUCAAGUGGAGAGGCGCAACGGCUGGAUCAAUGUUGGUGAUUUACAAGGUGCUGUUCAUUUCAAAAUCGUUAAAUAUGAACGAAUCAAGUUCUUAGUGAUUGCAUUGAAAGACUCGAUAGAAAUUUAUGCAUGGGCUCCGAAACCCUAUCACAAAUUCAUGGCAUUUAAGAGUUUUGGAGAACUCCACCAUCGACCAUUACUUGUGGACUUAACGAUUGAGGAGUCAUCGCGUCUCAAAGUGAUAUAUGGAUCUGCUGAGGGCUUCCAUGCCGUUGAUUUGGAUUCCGCAUCAGUCUAUGACAUUUAUCUUCCCAAACAUACUCAGGGUCCAAUAAUUCCACACUGCAUUGUCACACUGCCCAACUCGAAUGGAAUGCAGCUCCUUCUGUGCUAUGACAAUGAAGGCGUGUACGUGAAUACCAUUGGGAAGGUGUCGAAGAACAUCGUCUUACAAUGGGGCGAAAUGCCAACGUCUGUGGCUUACAUUGGGACAGGACAAAUCAUGGGCUGGGGCAACAAAGCAAUUGAAAUUCGAUCUGUCGAGAGUGGACACUUGGACGGUGUUUUUAUGCACAAGAAAGCUCAACGUCUCAAGUUCCUUUGCGAAAGGAACGACAAGGUGUUCUUUAGUAGUGCCAAAGGUGCUUCGUCGUGUCAAAUUUACUUUAUGACACUGAACAAACCGGGAAUGGCAAACUGGUGCGCAUAAACUUUUGGCGGAUCAGCGUCAAAUUGAUCGUGAAACACACAUACACACACACGCAUUAAUAUUUUAAAGACAGCCUCAACAAAAAGAAAAUUCAAUGUUGACGAGGAAAUAGAAAUAUAGAAGAUAAGAGUGGAAAUUUUUAAGAUCAAAAGAAGAAAAAAAUGUGAAGUAAUUUUUCUGUAGAAAUAUUGCUCAAAGUAUUUCAUUUAAACUGCCGCGAUGAACAAUUAAAUAGGAGAAAAAAAACGCGAGGAGAAGAAAGCAAAAAAUGCAUAGAAGAAACUAUAAUAUUCCUUCGUAUGAAAGAAGCAGGAAGAAAAUGAAGGAGAAAAAAAAACAUUCAAAAAUCUAUAAUAGUUAAUGAGAGAGAAGUACAGUUUUUUGAUGUAGCAAGAAAACAACAAAACGUAGUCCUAUAAAAAAAAAGCGUGAAAA